GACGUGGAUUUCCAGUUGGAUGAUGAUGCCCUACCAUCGAUGCAUGAAAGCGUCCAAUUUGAUGAUAGUGAAACCCAAGACGUUGGCCGUCUGUUUGUGCAUGAGCCAACAGUUCAUACUGAAAACAGAAAUAAUGCAGCUAAUGAGGGUAACAAAAAAAAAGGGAGAGGGAAAACUGUAAUUAAAUGGGGUCAGCGUGGAGUGCGAGAAAGAGUUAAGUGGGGAAAACAAGGAGUACCGGUGUCUCCAAGGGAAAAAUGUGCACAGUAUUCCCUUUUCAUUGGUAGUCUGGCGGCUGACCCUGGAUUGUAUCCUAUUGAUGUCAAGGAUUGGCGGCAUUUUGACAAGGACGACAAUCAUCAAAGGGCAUGGACACGUAUUGAGGGGACAAUUGAUUGGUCGGAUGAAGCAGCCGCUGCAAAAAAAUCUGAAAUCAAGAAGUAUGCCUUCGAAAAACUUGCAGAUCGCUGGAAGCAUCACAAGUCAGAGUUGAAGAAAUUGUAUUGGUUGCCCAAUCAAGGGACUGAAGAACGUUUUUGCAGCCCUGAUAAUGCCAUUGACAGAGAUCAAUGGUUAAAAUUUGUUACUCAUUUAGAUGAUGAGGAUACUAAGACCAAGGCUGCUAUAAAUGUAAGUAAUCGAUCGCAGCGGGUAAUGCAUCACAGUAUAGGAACAAGGACUUUUCCAGCGGUUGUUUAUGAAUGGCAAGUUCAGAAUGGGGUUGAGGAAGAACCUGAUAGGUUGGAAAUCUUCAAGUUGACACAUCGUAAGAAAGGAAAACAAAAUGAGUAUGUUGAUGCUGCAUCUACCAAAGCAGUGCAAGAUUUGGAGAAGGCUGAAGAGGAGAGAAAAAAGUUAAAUGUUGACAUUACUCCACAAGUUAGAGAAGACAUCUAUGCACAGGUUCUUGGGCCAGAGAAGCGUAACCGAGUGAGAGGACUUGGAGCGGGAGUACGUUGGCGUGAUGUUCCGUACCUUCAUACCGAAAAAAGAAGUAUAUCAGCUACUAUGGAAGCAAUGAAAGCAACAAUUGAGGAACAACGCUUGGAGACUGCAAGAUUGAGGAGUGAGGCUGAAAAAGAAAGACAAGAAGCUGCCCAAAGGGAGGAAAGGAAUAGGAUUGAAUCAGCUGAGAUGAACAAACGUUUCGCCACACAAAUGGAGGAGUUUAAGAAGCAGCAAGAGGCAGCAAUGGAAGAGAAUGCAAGGAAGGUGAAUGAACUCGCAAGACUUCAAGGUAUUAGAUGGAUGAAAGAAGCUGGUUUUUCAGGGAUUGAAACGGCACCACAAUUAGAUAGAGACCCAAUGACACAGCUUGCAGCAGUCCAACCACAAUGCAAUAGACCUGCGAUUCCAACCCCACCUAUCGAGGAUGUGUAUAGACCCGAAAUGCCUCAAACUGUGCAAGAAUCGCAGCUGAAUUGAAAGGGUUAGUUUCACCAACCAUUAUCUAGUUUGAUGGUUAUGUUUUUGCCUACUUUGAGUUAGUUCUCAAAGUAUUUUGAUGAAAAUUAUUCUUGGACAAGGAUUAUGUUGUUAAAGGGGGAAAAUCUUAGUGAUAUUCCACCUCAAACAACAAUGUAUUCUACAAAACUCCCUUGUUUUUGUAAUCCAAGAAUAAAUGAAAUG